CUGUGGAUAGCAGGACGUAACACUAACAAAGAUUGAACGGUAACAAGACGUAUAUAUGUUUGUUUCAAUAACCUACAUACCGCCGCUUAUUCAUGGUUCUACCGGCAGAUUUGAGUUUAACGGGUUUAAGGUUAGCGGGUUUGAGGUCUGCCGGUUUGAGGUCUGUCGGUUUGGCACGCCAUCGUUACAACUGAUUAGGAUGCAUAGCAUUCGCCCGUCACCUCUCGCCCAUCCACUAAAGUUCACAAUCACGGAUCGAGGUCACAAUAAGGUGCCACAAAAUACUUUCUGCCUUGGAAAUCUGCUGUUAUCGCGGUUAUAUUUAGAGCUUGCGGGGAGCUUGGGCGAGUAUUUACUCGAAAAUAACUCGCUGGAACGUGGCAAGCGAACGGUUCUCAAAGCGAACGGUUCUCAAAGCUAGCGACCCUCAGCAGAAUGAAUUUCUGAAUUGGCAUUACAGUUCUAAAUCGUUAUCUGCCCAGAACCUACACUUAGCGAUAUCUACAAAGACCCUCUUUCGUGUCUAGCUGAUUUCAU